AUGGGUAACUCUUGUGCUUCAGCUAAAAAGCCUAAAAGCAGGUCAAGACCAGCCAAACUAUAUAUCCAUUCAAAAACACAAAAUAUUGCUUACAAAGGAGACGCUAAUGGAAUUUCUCCUUGCAGUAUUGAUUUACAAUAGAUGUCUACUGAAGUAGGUACAGCUCUAGAGAGGGGCUCAGGAAUCGAUCAAAACUAAAUACAAAUCGAAGCAUAGAUUGGAAAUUCGACUCCAAUAUCUGGUCAAGCCUAUAAAAACUAUAUUAAGAUACAAAUAAAUAAUAUUCCUGUUUCUAAUAUAACACCAAAUAAUUAGUCUAAAUUCUCCAAAAAAUCAAAUAUGCCUUUUUUAGAAAAGGAUUAGUAAAGUAUAAAAAAAGUUACAAUUCCUUCUUAUUUAACGCCAUAAAGUAAUUCUAAAGACUAACAUACAAUAGACUCAAGCGAUGUCAAGCAAUAUAUGUAGUAAUAUUUCAUAGAUUCUUGGGACUACAAUGUGGAUUUUCAAGGAAACCUUAGCAAAAAGAUUUAAAAAAAGGAAAAUAUUCUAAAAGAUUUCACAAAGAGAGAGAGGGGAUUGUGGAAGGGUCCUACAUAAAAUUCUUUAUUUGAUGCAUUUUAUCUAGCAUUUACCCUUAAUGAAGAUCUUGUGCUGAACCCUCAUGAUAUUUGGGAUUAAAUACUUAUAACCUUAAAGUAAUUCUACUAAAAAAACAAUAUCAAAUAAAGCGAGUUAUUCCCUAAUUCAAAAUAAAUACGCAAAGAUAGUAAAAUCAUAAAUUAUAAGGAAACUCCUAAUUCUAAAAAUAAACGCGAGCUGAUUUCUUGGGAUUCGAUUUUAAAACAAAUACAAGAGCAAAAUUAGCAAACUCUUGAUUCAUUAUCUUAGCCUUAAUCUAUUUAAAAAGAUGCUGCUAUUUAAAAUAAUUUUAAGAUCAAGAGAAUCUCUUAACUUGUCUAUAACCAGCUUAUAUAUUUAGACGCAGAAUUUCCAUCUUAUGAGCAAUUAAGCUAUCUUCCAUAUACAAUUUUUCCUGGUCAUUAUUACCAGAUUAGAAAUAUUGUAUUUAGAUCGUCACUUUCUGAUUGGUUUCUUUUAAGAGAAAAAAUAUUAAGCUUAAUUGAAGUAGCUCCUGAAUUUUGGAUAGAACGCCUCUAUUUUAUAAUUGAUAAUUUUGUAGAUACUUUGCAAGGCAAGCUUAACCUUUAAUUUUGGAAUUAAGGUUUUUUAACCAAAUCUUCAGAAUUCCCAGAUUUUUGGAGAUUUGGAUGGAUGAAAGAACUGUUCAAUAUUGAAUUCGAUAAUAAUGAUUUAUAUUAGACUGGUUUGAUCUACACUUGCUAAGAUGUUUGUCAUAUAUCUUUCUCUAGCCCGUUCAUUUUUAGAAUAUAAGAGCAUAAAAUUGAUAUCCAAAUGAGAGUUUAAGCUCAUAAAUCUUGCUUAAUCUAAGCAAAGAAUCUACCAAAUUCUUUUGAACCACUUCUAACGAUGUAUUUAAUGAAAGACAAAAUAUGA